AUGAAUACUUUUUCACACGUUCCUCCAGGUUUUAGAUUCCAUCCUACAGAUGAAGAAUUAGUUGACUACUAUCUACGGAAGAAGAUUGCUUCAAAAAGAAUUGAUCUAGAUGUAAUUAAGGAUGUUGAUCUUUACAGAAUCGAACCAUGGGAUCUUCAAGAACUUUGCAAGAUAAGUACAGAGGAGCAGAAUGAGUGGUAUUUCUUUAGUCAUAAGGAUAAGAAGUAUCCAACUGGAACACGCACUAAUAGAGCUACAAAAGCAGGAUUCUGGAAAGCUACAGGAAGAGACAAAGCUAUUUACUCUAAGCAUAGUUUAAUUGGCAUGAGAAAGACCUUGGUAUUUUAUAAAGGUCGAGCCCCAAAUGGACAAAAAUCAGACUGGAUAAUGCAUGAAUACAGACUAGAAACCAAUGAGAAUGGGACUCCUCAGGAAGAAGGAUGGGUUGUGUGUAGGGUGUUCAAGAAGAGAUUGCCAACUGUACGGAAGGAAGGAGACCUCGAGUCACUAUGUUGGUACGAUGAUCAAGUUUCUUUCAUGCCCGAAUUUGACUCUCCAAGGCGGAUACCUCAUUCAUAUUCAUCAUACAAUCCUCAGUAUUCCUGCAAGCAAGAGUUUGAACUGCAAAACAACAUCCCCCAGGAUGUAUUCCUCCAGCUUCCUCAACUUGAGAGCCCUAGAGUUCCACAGUCGAUCACCAAUGUAAGCUGCAGUUUAAUGGUACCAUACGGUUUUGAUAGGAGCAGUGGAAGCAUUUUACAGUCUUCAACCCUUGCACAUGAAGCACCACAUCUGCAACAAAGCCACCAACCCCAAAUAGUUUACAUUAACAACACUGAUCAAGGUGUUGAACAAGUGACUGAUUGGCGAGUUCUCGACAAGUUUGUCGCAUCUCAGCUAAGUCAUGAAGAUGCAGCAAAGCAGACUGCCUAUUCUGAUGGGCCUUCUUCACUUCAAGUGGCAGAACACAUGAGCAUGCUAGUGAAUGAUGAAUCAAAGCAACAAGAAAUGACGUCACCAGAAUUUGGCUGUGUAUCCGCCCCGAGUCCUCAAGUGAUCUUUGGAAGUAAGAAUAUGUUAAUUUAACUACAAUUACAUAUAGUACUAAUCAGUCAUAGGAAGGUACUACAAAUAGAAGAAAGAAAUGUGACAACAGUUUCUGUACAUAAUAAAUUGCUAAGUACUACUAAGUAGCUAUUUGGUUGCUUGUACACAAUGUACUAAUGUUCAGAGGCAUAUAUAGGUUCAUGAGAGACACCUACUAAUAAGUAUAUAUGGAUGCGUAUAUGGUUUGUAAGCUAUAAGUGCUGGUGACACUACUACUGUGGGAUUGUUGAAUAUGUUUCCUUUUA